UUUCAUCGAUCACUGUUCAGAUAGUAUGAUGCAUCGUAGUUGGCGGCCAUGUUGUUGGAAACGGUGACAACAAACUACCGUUUGAACAUGCAGAUUCACCAUGUCAAAGAGAGCAUCCGAUUGUUCCGCGGUUGGAUUCAGCGCGGCUUGAUUGAUCAUGCCUGCGUGAAUGCCACGCACAUACAAAUAAAAAAAGCAAAAAAAGAAAGACUUUGUGAACAGAGGACGCCACUCGUCUUCAUCUGCUGAGCAAGAAUCCACUUUGACCAAGUUAGGUCUGCCCCUCAAGCUCCAAGGGACAGCACUUGACAGCAUCAUCAUCAUCAUCAUCAUCAUCAUCAUCAUGUGAAAGCCAAUCAAAUGAAAUGUCGGGUCACACAGAGUAUUUGUUCCUUCCCAGUGGCGCAUAUGAUGAGGCGCGUGACGUCACGAAGAUUCCUAUCCAUUUCUUGUCCAUCAACUGAGCGUCUCUCUCUCUCUCUCUCUCUUUUUCUCUUUCUCCUUUUUCUCACGCACCGGGCCUGCUCGCUGCGCGUCCGCGCCGCCCGCUUCACAUCUCGGCGAUGACGUCACGGGCGAAGGUGGGCCGACAAUAAAAAGGCGCGCGGUCCGUCCCGCCGCUUCAGCUUCACACUCGACUUCGGCGCGGAGGAGGCGCGUUGGAGUCCCAGGCCGACCGAGCGACAAGAGAGGAGGAGGAGGAGGAGGACGAGGGGAGCUUUGUGGCACGCAAGCGCGGAUGCUUCCGGUUUGGAGGCGGCCAUGUUCCCCGCUUGGCACUUGCCCGACGCGUGGGCGGUGACGGGCGCCUUGAUGUGGUUGCUGUGCGCGCCGCUGGCGCUGGGGCUGACACGCCUGCUGUGGAGUUUGCGAUGGAGGCUGAGCAGGGACCCCCGAAACCCGCUGCCCCUGCCCCAAGGCUCCAUGGGGUGGCCUCUGGUCGGGGAGACGCUGCACUGGCUCGUCCAGGGCUCCGACUUCCACAUCUGUCGCAGGCGGCGUCACGGCAACGUGUUCAAGACGCACCUCCUGGGCAAACCCGUCAUCCGGGUGACGGGCGCCGACAACAUCCGCAAGAUCCUGAUGGGCGAGCAUAGCCUGGUGUGCACGCAGUGGCCGCGGAGCACGCGCAUCAUCCUGGGACCCAACACGCUCGUCAACUCCACCGGCGACGCCCACAAAAGCAAGAGGAAGGUGCUGGCCAAAGUGUUCAGCAGAAGCGCUCUGGAGUCGUACCUGCCCAGGCUGCGGGACGCCGUGCGGCGCCAAGUGGCCGACUGGUGCGCGCGGCCCGACGCCGUGGACGUGUACGCCGCCGCCAAGUUGCUGACCUUCCGCAUCGCCGUGCGCGUCCUGCUGGGUCUGCGGCUGGAUGAGGAGCGAGUGGUCUACCUGGGCGCCAUCUUCGAGCAACUCAUGGAAAAUCUCUUCUCGCUUCCCAUGGACACGCCGCUCAGCGGCCUUCGAAAGGGGAUCAGAGCCAGAGAGAUCCUGCACGCCAACAUGGAGAAGAUCAUCGCGGAGAAGAUGGAGCAGGAGCACCAUCAUGAACAUCUCGACGCCUUUGACUACAUGUUGUCCAGCGCCAGGGAGCACGGCCACAGCCUCACCAUCCAAGAGCUCAAGGAAACGGCCGUGGAGCUGAUCUUCGCCGCUCACUACACCACGGCCAGCGCGGCAACGUCUCUGCUGCUGCAGCUCCUCUGCCACCCAGCCGUGGUCCGACGCCUGAAAACCGAGCUGGAUUCCGAAGGGCUAAUCAGUCCCGGAGAUGGCGGCAAAGGUCCUCGGGCGAACUUGAGCCUGGACAAGUUGAGCCGGCUGCGAUACUUGGAUUGUGUUAUCAAAGAGGUUCUACGCUUCCUGCCGCCAGUUUCUGGAGGAUACCGGACCGCCCUGCAGACCUUUGAGUUGGACGGCUACCAGGUCCCCAAAGGCUGGAGUGUCAUGUACAGCAUCAGGGACACGCAUGAGACCGCCGCCAUCUUCCAAGCCCCGGAGCUCUUUGAUCCGGACCGUUUCGGGCCGGACCGCGAGGAAAACCGCUCAUCCCGUUUCAGCUACGUGCCCUUUGGCGGAGGAGUGCGGAGCUGCGUGGGCAAAGAACUGGCUCAGAUGGUACUCAAGACUCUGGCUGUGGAACUGGUGGCGACUUGCGAAUGGACCCUGGCCACCGAGGACUUCCCCAAAAUGCAGACGGUGCCCAUCGUGCACCCCGUCGACGGACUGCAUGUGCGCUUCACGCCAAACCAGCCGCUUCGUUAAGACGGACCAGCCUCAAAGGCCCACAUCGCAGUCCUCCUGUGUUAGGGUCUGGUCUGCUGACAUCGGUGUCGGCGGCGCUUUGUCGCAUGUACCGGGAGGCGGGUUCCACUUUUCAGGACCUUCUCAGACUCGGAACUGCAUCGACUCUGGUCUUGUGUGCAACGAUUCCAUUCCGGCAACAUUCUCGCCAGAGCGACACGUUCCGACCCGAUGUCAACACGCAUUCACGCCUAAUGGACACCACAUCGAUACACAUUUCCCCUUCCUAGCAAUACAAUUGAACUCAAAUGAUAAUGACAGAGCACAUACUGUAUCACCGAGACCAUGACACUUUGCGCCGCUGAGCCAAGGACUGGCCAAUCCUAUUUCUUUGCCGCUGCUGUUAUACACAAAAACAAUACAGUGGUACCUCUACUUACGAAAUUAAUUGGUUCUGGAAAAAAAUUCUUAACUGGAAAA